AUGUCGGAUCAUUCGCGUGGACCGGAGCUUCGAGGCCCACGAGCACGCAGAAGUUCCCUCUACGACGAACACGGCCGUCUCGUAUCCUCAACGUCCACGCUCGCAGGUUUCCCGUCCUCGUCGCUCUCCCUCACUUCAUCCUCCUCGCCCUCUCUCAAUGCUCCCGCCCGCACUCGCCUCAACUCAACCACCGGCGUUACCUCAGCAUCACCAACUUCAAGCUCAGCGAGCCCCAGGGUGCGCACCAUCUCCACCUCGUCUCCUUUCAAUGCAUCCUCCUCAACUGCCGAGCCCUCUUCUGAGCCUCGGUAUCAGUCCACUCGCGCUUAUGCGACUCUUGGCUCCAGACAAGCGCCUUCCUCGGUCACGCAGAGUCCAUCUCAGUCAUCCAGCAGCACAGCAUCACGCAACGCCUCCUGGACGCAAUACAGACCUGCGCAAUCCGGUGCACCAUCGCUUGCCGACUUUGACCCACACGUCUCAACGACAUACGGCGCUAGCAACAUCAACAGCAGCACGACUGUUUCCGGCACAUCGCUAUCGAGACCCUCAGCUGGAUCGAGGAUACCGUCGUUUGGUCGCACCGGAUCGUCGCAGCCUCGACUCGGAGACGCCCUUCUCGGCCAACGCAAAACCAGCGACUCUUCCUCUCGACCUUUGACGCUCACUUCAUCCGCAUCAAACUCCUCCCUCACCUUUCCCGCCCGAUCCGACUCGCUCAGUCGCUCUUCACGUCUCGCCAGCAGCAACACGCUCAGCUCCAUAAGCUCCAGCCACUCGAUCAACAGCGUCUCUUCCAUGUCGCGUUCCACGAGUGGCAACAUGGGUCCACCACAGCUGGCUGCUUCACACUCGUCGAGUUUGGCUGGGCGAAGCACUCAAGCUGCUGCGCCUAGCCUGCGUGCAGAUCAACAACCGCAAAUUUCACCUUCUCUUCCCGACCUUGGUCAAAGCUUUGGAGCCGCACUCUUCAGCGACGAAGCGUUAGCUCACACAGGCUCGGAGACCACCGCAUUUCGCAACAACGGCAGCCUGCCUGGGGUCAAUGAACGCGAUGAGGACAAUCGCACACCUCAAGCUUCGUCAGCACCGUUUCCAGCUUCAGAUUCGCGCAACGUUUCUCUGUCCAAUGGAAAGCCAACCAGCAUGCGUCUCGGCCUGCCGGAAUCUCCCAGCUUCUCAUCGCGCUUUUCCAACUUUUCCAGCGCGCUCGCCACACCCGAAGGUACAGAUGACCCAAACAAGAUCCUUGGCCGCGCAGCUGCUUCUUCGACCGCGCGGUCGCUGCGCAACGAAGGCAGCAGUGGCCUCGGCAUCGGCUUCCCGGAUCUUGCCUCCGAGUCACGGAACAGGCACGCCUCGUCGAAGGAAGGGAUAGCCAGUGCAAAGUACGGCGACACGCUUGAAACUCCACAAAAACCUGGCAUCCAGGCUCGCGAGCCGAGCAGCACGCCGCGUGUCUACGAUCGAGCCGGACAGAUCGGCAUCGGCGAGCUGGCUACGCCUCGCUGGAACUUUCCCUCGACUGCUCUACCCGAUUGGAAGACCAACGCCCAGGCGACCCCGACAUCCGGCACCAAGACCGCACAGUGGCGCAACGUCAGUGGUGCCUUGACCGACGACGGGACCAUCCCGGAGCACACCAGCACAUCCGUGCCCGAAAGUCACGACUCGGCUUUGCAGAGAGAGAUUGCCUCACAGAAGUCGGAUGGCUCACAGAUACCCUCGCGACGAAGCGAAGCGUCUCGUCAUUCACGGUCGAUCUCGUAUUCUUCCAUCAACAGCCUGCCGCGGAAUGCACUCCAGGACCGCAGUGAGCUCCUCUCCAACAUGCCCAUCAGUCCUUCCGUGCCAGGUCGGCGAAUGCCGCUCGGUGGCAGCCAGUCGCUGCACGCCUUGGCCCAUGGCUAUUCUGAUCAGCCGGACGAGUCUGCUGCCGAUCUCGACACAAUCGCAGCAUAUACACGAGAGGCUGCUGAGAGCCCUUCCUUCUCCAUCAGCGCGCGCACCGAGUCCGACUACAGCAUUGUUCAACAGGACUCCAUGGAUGCAUCCGUGACGCCCUCAGGCAGCAACACAUCUCGUACUGACUGUCAGGCUGCAGCGGCGGAGCGAUCACCGGCGAUCGGAGACCAGUCAUGGGCAGCGGACGAGACAGGACCAUUUGCAGCAGAAGGAGACGGCGUCGGCAUUGGAGCAUCCAAAUCAAUGCCUCUUGGUGAUGUCAACUUUGGCAACGGUAUCGCUGACGACGACUGGCGCCAGAGCUUCGAUCUCAACGCCGCUAUCUCUGAUCUGCUCAACGACCACGACGAGCUCCACCGACGCAGACAGAUGAGGGAUACGGCAACGACUGAUGUUCGAGGCGCGGGAGCCGAUGCAGGACCGCGAGCUUCGGCACGCCUUCGGACCGAAUCGCUGAAGCAAGGGGACGAGGCGGUCUCUGCUCGUUCUGCUCCCGGAGUGCCAGCGAACGGCCAGCGUACGCCUGCCACAACGCCGCGCAGAGAACGCUUGACGAGCACUGGUGAGGUCUCGGCGGCCGCCGCCAAUGCGUCCAUCUCAAAUACGCCGAGUAUGCCCAGACUGGCACGGAACAGCGGAUCCUAUCGCAGCAAGCGCGCAUCGUCGGCCAGCAUAGGGCAAUCGCUCUUGCGAGGAUCCGUUCCAUUUGGCCAUGCCGACGAGUAUGAGAGCCGCCUCAACUCUCGGGAGGACGCUGCGGCAGACGCGCUUCGCAAGCUCGACGGUCUCGGCAGCACACCAAGGACCAGCCGCGACGGUAAGGCAGACACCAAGAGCCCUCGCACCAGCCGUAUCUCAUCGAGACCCAACAGUGUUGGACGAAGAACUCCUGGCACAAGCAGCCGCCCGUCUUCUCCAGGCUCUCGAAGUCGAAGAUCGAGCAACUACGAUGCAACAUCGCGCUCCAUGGAUAAGUCAAAGGGAUCCGACGACUCGACAGCUCGUAACAGCUUGCGAGCUUCGAAGCUCAUCACGCGCGUGCGAACUGGCGACGACGCAUCUGUGUCCUCUGCAAACACAUCGGGAGACUCCACACGCACCGCUGUCUAUCCGAGUCCACGUCUGCGCCGAUCGCAGCUCCCGCCACUCCCACAGAACGAAUUCACCCAAGGAUCGCGAAGGGCUUCGGGAGCGCAAGGCAUCAGUGCCAAAGACACGUCUGCUCCCACCAGUCCGUCAACUGCGACAUUCGGUACCAGUCGCAUCAUCUCUCGCUCCAAGCGCAUGAGUGGCAACAGCGACGCUUCCGGCGUAGCUUCGGAAAGCGGACGUUUCGAUGCUGCCACGAGUGGCUACGAUGACUCGGAUGCAUCUCGCCUUGCUGUCAUUCCGCCUGUACCUCCUCUGCCCAAGGUAUGGGAAGGGUCCCGCUCGAAUUCUCUCACGUCGGAAGCGUUCCGCGCCGCUGCAGGCAAGAGUCCUAGCAUCACUGCCAGCCACAGUUUCGUGUCGACCGUGAGCGGCGGUGGCGACAACAGCGACAAGAUGCUUACGCCCAAAUCACCGCUCAGCCCUCGCAUGCAAGAGCUCGCUGAAGUGGCUGCGUUGGCAGUGAGCAAGCCGGGUUUUGGGACACUCGACGACUCGGCUUCCCUUGUCUCUUCGACCAAUGACGUUUCGAUGCAGCUGACUGCGCCAGAGCCGAUCGAACAAGUUGUCACACCUUCGGAGGCCCCGACGUCAGCCGGUGACACGUCCAUCACCCGGCUCAGUGUGGUAGAGGCGGAUGCAGCUUCUCCAGCUUCCACGACUUCGCGUCCCAAGUCAAGUGCUCUGCGUCGCGCUAGCGUGGCGUCCAUCAGCAGGCUGAUGAGGGGAUCGCAAAAGGACAAGGAGAUGGAUCUAUUGUCAGCCGCUGCAAGCUCGCAAAGCCUCGCUGUCUCUGGCGAGCCCGCCACCAGUCCGAGAGCUCGGCGCACUCCAUCUUUCCUGCGACGAACGCCAAAGUCAAGCGACAGCUCUUCUGCUGUCGAUUCGAGCACGCAGGAUAGUGGCCGUCUGUCGCGCAAGUCGCUUCUCGGCAUUGCUGGAGGUCUUCUCAGCCGUUCCGGGUCCCGACGCAAUACAGCAGCCAACAAUGCAGACGCCGGCGCAUCGCAUGAGUCGUCGUCGCCGGUGCGAAAGCGCGGACAGACCAUCGGUAGCAGCUCCGUACAAAAGCCAACGGCAGCUGCUUCCACCAAAGCGGAGAACGAUGGCAGUGCUGUCUCGAAGACGCCGGCUGCCCAAGGAUCGUUGCGAUCCGCAAAGGUCGCGAUAAAUCGCGUAGCAUCGUCGAGUCCUAGCCUCGGAAGCCGCACCAUUUCUCCUACCAAGCCUGCGUCCUUGUCGAGUCGUAUCCCCAGGGUAGCCACCAUGAAAGCGAUUCCGCGGUCGACUGCUCCUGGCGCUGCCACAACCGAGACAAACGGAAGCGUGAUCCGCGCUGCUGCUGCUGCCUCUUCAUCGAUCCCGAUGAGCAAAUCGCACCAUCCCUCGCUGGCCGCCAGCAUGGGCAUGACAGCGCCACGUCCGCCUGACGACGAGGACGCCAGGUCAGUAUCUGGCUCGGACACAACCGUUGGUACGACCAAGAAUAGCCAAGCUUCGUCCAAGAUCGCGCCCUCGCCCGCCGCUACGCAUGUCUCGAGCAGUGUGGUGCCCAUCCUCAACGCCUACGCAGCUGCAAAGACGCCCGCCGAGGUCGAAGGAGUGCUGCGCCGUGCUCGCAUCGCAGCAUACUCGUCCAGUCUCACACCGAGCGAUCGCGAGGCGCUCAACAACCUCGCCAAUCGGCAGGACCGACACAAGAAGGGCACCAGUCCUUCUUCCGCGUCUGUCAAGGGGGCUGCGGGCACCGCCAAGCCCUCUGGCAGCUCCGCGCGAGUGGCCAGCGCGUCCGAGAAUGCUUCUGCCGCCGCUGCCGCUUCAAGAGCGUCCAACGGCAGCAAAGGCCCUUCGCCAGGCUCUGUCUCGGGCAAAGAGUUCGAGAGUGGCAGCGGCAGUGGCGGCGUCUCCCUUCCCCAGCGUAAGACACGUGGAUCGCUCAGCAGCAUCGCAUCGAUCGCACGCACUCCAAAGACGAGCGCUUUGCAGACACCCGCGAGCGAACGUCUGGCCAAGACAAGCAGCAGCUCGACGGGCACUGCACUCGCCCGUCGCAGUCCCGCUUCGUCGGAAGCCGCUGUGUCGAUCGGGUCUGCUCGCGCCACGCCGAAUCAGGACGAGGAAGAGCGUCUGGGUGACAACGAGAUGGAGGACUACAUCCGACGACAGCACGCGCGGAAGCUGGCAGCCGGCGCUUCGCAGGCCGAAUUGGACAAGAUGCUCGACUUCCCGGAGCCUAUCGCGCCGAGCCGCACGCUGUCCCCGCGCCAAGCCGAGGUCAUGUACGGCAACAAGAUGUCGGAAUUUGAGCUGCAGGAGAUCUUCAACUACACCGAGAUCUACUACUGCGGGCAGAACGCCAAACGCAAACACAUGGCGCGAGUGGAGAAGCCGGACCAGAACCACGGCUUCGACGACGAGCGCGGCGACUACAACGUGAUCAGCAAGGACCAUCUCGCGUUUCGGUACGAGAUCGUCGACCUGCUCGGCCGGGGCUCUUUCGGACAGGUGCUGCAGUGCCGCGACCACAAGACGGGCAAGACGGUGGCCAUCAAGCUGAUUCGCAACAAGAAGCGAUUCCACCAUCAAGCACUGGUGGAGGUGCGCAUCCUCGAGAACCUGACCAAGUGGGACCCGGACGAGCGCUACAACGUCAUCAAGAUGACCGAAUCGUUCCUCUUCCGCAACCACCUGUGCAUCGCCACCGAACUCCUCAGCAUCAACCUGUACGAGCUCAUCAAGGCAAACAACUUUGCUGGCUUCACCACCAACCUCAUCCGCCGCUUCACGUCGCAGGUCCUCCAGUCGCUCGUGCUCAUGAAGAACCACCGCAUCGUGCACUGCGAUCUCAAGCCGGAGAACAUCCUGCUCGCCCAUCCACGCAAGAGCGCGAUCAAGGUGAUUGACUUUGGUUCGAGCUGCUUCGAGAACGAAAAAGUCUACACGUACAUCCAGAGUCGCUUCUACCGCUCGCCCGAGGUGAUCCUGGGGAUGAAUUAUCACACUGCGAUCGACAUCUGGUCUUUGGGAUGUAUCAUCGCCGAGCUGUAUACGGGCUAUCCGCUGUUUCCGGGCGAGAACGAGCAGGAGCAGCUCGCGUGCAUCAUGGAGAUCCUUGGCGUUCCGGAGCGCUACCUGGUCGAGCGAAGUUCGCGCAAGAAGUUGUUCUUCGAUAGCACAGGUCAACCACGACCCGUGGUCAACUCGAAAGGCAAACGUCGACGACCCAACAGCAAGACGCUCGCCCAGGCGCUCAAGAGCGACGACGAGCUGUUUGUCGACUUUAUCGCAAAGUGUCUGAUCUGGGAUCCGGAGCGGAGGCUCAAGCCCGACCCGGCGAUGCGACACCCAUGGAUCCAGCAGGGGAAGAAGCUGGCCGCUGCGGUAGGAGCCGUGCUGAGCGAGGUCGGAGCGACCAGCAAUCGCGGCGGGAUGGUGGCGACGCUUGCCAACGCGCUGCCUCGGAAAGUGGCCAGUUCAGGGUCGCGCAUUGCCACGGCGGCAAAGGCCAGUGGCAGCGCAUCGACCGCCAUCACGCCCAGGACGAAAGCGCUGUCCGCGCGGGCGUCGGCGGUCAACGGUGGCACGUCGGCCAGCAGCGCCGGCAGCAGCUACGCGGCGAGCCCGAGGAGGAGCGCGGGUGCCACGGCGGGCAUUGCCGCUGGGCUGAGCACGCCGUUGCGCGCGCCCAAGGCGUGA